AACACAGGAAGUGGCGCGCAAGUGUUGAAAAACUGUCACACAACAAACUGAAGAUUUAGCACUGUUUAACUUCAACAGCUUUCCAAAUUAGUGUUACGAAGUUUAAUAAAUGUCUUGUCGUGGCUUUACAUCGUAAAAGAUGUCAUUUGUGAGAACGGGGCGACCACAACAUCACACUAAAGGGAAAAAGCCUGUGCGGCCCAAGAAGGCAGGAGCCCCCAAAGGAGAAUGGGUGAGCACUGUGAAUGACCUGUCUGUGCACAAGCUGACCCCUGCAGAACUGAGUCAUCGUCAUGAAAUCCAUAAGUCUCACAACAAGACAGCGGCUCAGUGGGAGCUGAGAGAGAAGGCCUUAAAACGUCGUCUCAGACACAAUGGGAGUCCAGCACCUCUAGACCAGGCUAGCCUCAGCAUCAUCAGGGAGGUGUUCUCUGACCAGCUGCUGCUGCAGGAUGUGCUUGCUCGUUCAGACAGAGCCAUGGCGGUGGUCAAAGACUUGUUUGGAGAUGCUCCCCGCAGACAGACUGGACAUCCCAGUGUGACCAUGGCUCCAAACUGUGACUCUGACUUACCACUUCCUGUCCUCCAAAGGCCAGAUCCUCCAACUCAACUAUCUCUCCUCAGCCAGUCUAUGAUGGACCAACAGGCUCUUAAUGAACUUCAGACUUCAAAUGAAGACCACAGUGAUGAAGACGCAGCUGGUAGCUCAGACUACAAUGUAAUCCGAAGAACUAACAUCCGUAAAAUGAAAACAAGGGCUACAGGCAAAGUGUUGCAGCAGCAGACACUUCAUCCAGGCUCUCGGCAGGUGGACAGAGAUAGUGUUCCUGUAACCCCCCCCACAGUAGGCAGACCACCAGACCAGACAGCUCUAAAUGCUACAGUGGCUGUCCAGCGUGUUAGAUGUUCACAGAGCCAGUCUGGGGAAGACAAGCAGGAUCCUUCACCUUUGGUUUCUCAGGUUCUAAACUAUGAACAGCUACCCAGCCAGUCAGGGCGGAAGACCAGGAAGUGUGUUUCUCAGAGUUCAGAGCUGAAUGGGUCUUCCUUUGCCUCUCUCAGUGGGGACCAGUCCAGUCUGGGCCUGUUGCAGUCCAUGCUGGGUCAAGUGGAGGCAGACUUGGAUUCCUUGAGUCCUAAUACUGUGGCAGCAUCAGCACAGAGUCCAAAACACCACCAGACAAAAGGCCUCACUGGAUUCUCUGUGGCCUUGGUGUCCACACUGGGACGCUUGGUGCACCUCCUCAAACAGCGGGAAGACGAAGCCCAGAGGGGGGCUCAGGAGAGGAGACGGCUGGAGGAGGAGCUGAGGGAGCAGCAGAGGCUGAUUGAUGCACUCACUGCUGAGACCAUGGCUCUGAGAGAAGAGGCUGCUACCCUGCAGGUGAAGUUGCAGGAGCAGACUGCAGAGCUAGAGCAGAAGUUGGACACGGUGGUGUUGGUGAUGGGGGGACUGGGGCUUCUUGAGACAGAGUUUAAUCCACCUCAAGACUGUGACGUCAGAGCUCCAGUGUGUCAUGCUUCACCUGUUCCCGGGGGAGUUGAAACACAAAUGUCUCGAGUGUCUCCUGCUGUGCUGCUGUCCCCCCCUCAGCAACAAAACAACGGGCCACAUAUUCCUGUGAUUAAUCCUCUUCCUGGAGAUAUUCUGCGUUCUUGUGAGGACAUCAAGACCCACAGCUCAGCCUCGAGCCUCACCAGCCUGCCCUGCACCUCCUCUCUGUCACUAAGCUCAGAACCUCUCAGUUCGCACAUGUCUCCAGAGGCCAUGCUGGCUGAGAUCGCUCAGCUCAGCAGACAGAACGAGUUGAUGAAGGCACAGCUUAGUCAGGCCAAGAGUCUGGGGUCAGGGGAGGGAGGAUCGCCCAGCAGUUGGAGAGAGGACAGACGGUUGAGCUCUGACAGUAGAAGCAUACGUCAAAAUGUUGGAGAGAAGAGGAUGUCAGGGUCCAGCAGCACAGGGAGACACAGCAGACAGAGGCAACAUGUUCACGCUGCUGAAAGUGAGCAGGAGGCUCAGCAGGCAGAAUCACCGAGCACCUUCAGCGCGAUCAGUGUAGAACAGCGCCUCCUUGAGCUGAACAGACAGAGUGCGGCCGCCAGGAGUCGCCUGUUGGAGCUCAUUGAACAACAGAAACAAAGUGCUUCUACCAAAGUUUCCCCUUCUGCCUCCCCCAUCCCUCCAUCAGCUUUCAGCCCAAAUACAGAAAUAAGGUCAAGUCCAGAUGUGUCCAUGCAGAAACAGGAGUUACAGGCUGGUGGUGGUGAUAAGGGAGGUACGUUGAAUGAAGUCUCAUCAUUUCAAAGUGUCAGAGGAGAAGCCAGUGAAGGCAAAGCAAAGCAGGUGGAGAAGCAGAGAGUGCAAGAAGGUUGGUUUGCCUUGUCUGCUCAUGUGAGAUGACAAGAAGAGGAGAGUUGAUUCCACCCGAGGAACUUUCGGACCUCUUUGUAAUGUUUUAUUUAAUUUCAUCUAUUCUUUUUAAAUUACGGAAAUAAA